CUUUGCUGGAACUACAUCUGAAGUUUAGAAAACACGUCAACUGCUCCAGACAUGACUUCUCAAAGUCAUUCCGACUCUCAGAUGGAUCAGACUGUGGAGCUUUUGAAACCGUCGGUGUUUGACCACAUUCCCACAGUUGAGCUAAGUUCCGCUCUGCCCGCGAGGGUUCCUCCUGCCGCCAUCCCCAUGGCCCUGCGCGUGGAGCUGUCACCGUCGCUGGACUCCACCCGCCGCGAGCAGCAGCUACAGCAGGAGCUGCUGGCGCUCAAACACAAGCAGCAGCUGCAGCGGCAGAUCCUCAUCGCCGAGUUCCAGCGGAAACACGAGCAGCUCUCGCGACAACAUGAGGCCCAGUUACAGGAACACAUGAAGCAUCAGCAGGAGCUUCUGGCCCUCAAGCAUCAGCAGGAGCUGCUGGAGCAUCAGAGGAAGAUGGAGCAGCACCGGCUGGAGCAGGAGCUGGAGAAACAGCAGCGCGAGCAGAAGCUCCAGCUCCUCAAGAACAAAGAACGCGGCCAGGAGAGUGCGGUGGCCAGUACAGAGGUGAAGAUGCGUCUGCAGGAGUUUGUUCUGAAUAAAAAGAAAGCGCUCGCUCAGCGCAGUCUCAACCACUGCAUCUCCAACAACCCACGCUACUGGUACGGGAAAACUCAGCACAGUUCUUUGGAUCAGAGCUCCCCUCCUCAGACCAGUGUUAGUAUCUACAACCCUCCUGCCAUGGGCGUCUACGACUCCAAAGAUGACUUUCCACUGCGCAAAACAGCGUCUGAACCGAACCUGAAGCUGCGUUCGCGGCUGAAGCAGAAGGUGUCGGAGCGGAGGAGCAGCCCGUUACUGCGCCGCAAAGACAGUCCCAUCAGCACGCUCAAGAAACGCUCUCUGGACAUGGCAGAUUCGGUGUGUAGCAGCGCUCCUGGAUCUGGACCCAGUUCCCCAAACAACAGCUCACACGGAAACCUGUGCGAGAACGGCAUCAGUGUGACUGAGUCGUCUCACAGGCCGGCUGGUCAGGACGGGUCGGUUAGUCAGCUGUCUCUCUACACGUCUCCUUCACUACCCAACAUCACCCUGGGUCUGCCGGCCACUGCCACCAACAACGUGACGUCUACCCAGCCUGACAGCGAAUGUUUGUCUGUGACCGGUUUACCCAUAAGCACUCCGUUCCUGGUCGCCUCUCACCUACCGUCAUUUCUUGGCAAUUCGGACACUGCAAACUCCCACAAUGCACUGCUGCAGCACAUGGUCCUUCUGGAGCAAUCAGCCCCACCGAGUCCUUUAGCCGCAGGUAUGGGAGCGGGGUCGCUGCAGAAGCUGCGUCAGCACCAGCCGCUGGGCCGCACACAGUCGGCUCCUCUGCCCCAGAGCAGCCAGGCGCUCCAGCAGCUCGUGGUUCAACAACAGCACCAGCAGUUCCUGGAGAAACACAAGCAGCACUUCCAGCAGCUCCACAUCAACAAGAUGUUGAGUAAACCCUGUGAUCGGCAGCACCAGAGCCACCCAGAAGAGACGGAGGAAGAGCUCCGAGAGCAGCAGGAUGCCACACAGACGGAAACACUUCCCAUGAGCCUCCUCAUUAAACAGGAACCUCCUGAUCUCACAGAGGAGCAGAGACAGGAAGAACAAGAGCUGCUCUUCAAACAGCAGGCUAUUCUACUGGAGCAGCAGAGGAUCCAUCAGCUCAGAAACUACCAAGCAUCCAUGGAGUCGGCCGGUGCAUCGGUCAGUUUCCCAGGGCACCGUCCUCUGUCCAGAGCCCAGUCAUCUCCUGCGUCUGCCUCAUUCAUCAGCCUGCAGGAACAGCCUUCCAGACCUCAUUUUACCACAGGUCUGGUGUACGACUCUCUCAUGCAGAAGCACCAGUGCAUGUGUGGCAACAGCAACACACACCCCGAACACGCCGGGCGCAUCCAGAGCAUCUGGUCUCGGCUGCAGGAGACGGGCCUGCGCAGCCAGUGCGAGUGUAUCCGUGGGAGAAAAGCCACAUUAGAGGAACUGCAGACGGUUCAUUCUGAAGCUCAUGUCAUGUUGUAUGGGACCAACCCACUACGGCAGAAACUGGACAGUUCUGUCAUCUCCAUGUUCGUCAGGCUGCCGUGUGGCGGUAUUGGGGUCGACAGUGACACGGUCUGGAAUGAAGUUCACUCGUCGAGCGCAGCGCGUCUGGCCGUCGGUUCUGUGGUCGAACUCGUCUUCAAAGUGGCAUCAGGAGAGCUGAAGAACGGCUUCGCUGUGGUCCGGCCGCCGGGACACCACGCAGAGGAGAGCACGCCCAUGGGCUUCUGUUACUUUAACUCUGUUGCCAUAGCAGCUAAACUCCUACAGCAAAGACUCGAUGUCGGCAAAAUUCUGAUUGUUGAUUGGGACGUUCAUCAUGGCAACGGAACUCAACAAGCGUUCUAUGACGAUCCCAGAGUUCUGUACGUUUCACUUCAUCGAUACGAUGAUGGUAAUUUCUUUCCGGGCAGCGGCGCUCCUGAAGAGGUGGGCAGUGGGCCGGGAGUCGGUUUCAACGUCAACGUGGCGUUUACUGGAGGUCUGGAUCCACCGAUGGGUGACGCAGAAUACCUCGCUGCCUUCAGGACGGUGGUUAUGCCGAUCGCUAGCGAGUUUGCUCCAGAUCUGGUGCUGGUGUCGGCAGGGUUUGAUGCGGUGGAAGGACACCCUCCUCCGCUGGGAGGAUAUAAACUCUCCUCCAGAUGUUUGGGUCACCUGACUAAACAGCUGAUGGGGUUAGCUGGGGGUCGAGUGGUGCUGGCGCUGGAGGGAGGUCAUGACCUCAGGGCCAUAUGUGACGCGUCCGAGGCCUGCGUCUCAGCGCUGCUGGGGAUAGAGCUAGAGCCGCUUUCUGCAGACGUCCUGAAGCAGAGACCCAAUGAAAACGCUGUGCGCUCCAUAGAGAAAGUCCUAGAAAAUCACAGUCAGUACUGGCGGUGUGUCCAGCGGGUUGCGCCCAGCGCGGGUUUGUCUCUGCUGGAAGCUCAGAGAGGCGACUCUGAGGAGAACGAGACGGUGACGGCAAUGGCUUCUUUAUCUGUCGCAGCACUGGAGAAAAGGACGGAGGAUGAACCCAUGGAAGAGGAGCCGCCGAUGUAGGGGACGAGAGUUUUCCCAGAGCUCUGAGCUCUUCUGGGUCUCUGUGUCAGUUUGACUUGGUCUCGUCUGACGGAGAUCCUCACUGAGCAGAGAGAGACGUCAGGGUAAAGGCUAACUCGCCGCGUUAGCGCUGUAGCCCGCUAGCACUGUGGCCCCAACGCAACGCGCUCGAGCUGAAGUCACUUGAGAUGUUUGGCUGGAUGCGCGCACACCUCGUCGCAGAUGUCAGCCGGCAGAUCGUUCUGACAGAGGGACGGAUGGAGAAACAGCGCCCAACUAACCCUCUACAGGCUCCAGAAACCCGCCGUUUAUUUAGUAAGACACUAGACUACUUCACCAUAAACACUACAGGGAUUGACCACACGGUGGCGCCGUGACGCAUCAGUGCCACUUUACAGAUGUUUCUCAAAGACUGAGUGCCUUUGUUGGGAUUCAUGAAUGAACUACGAAUGAAUUCUGAAGAACUUUGCCUUAAGUCAGUAAUGUCAUAAACACGUUACCCAUAAUUCCAGUGGGUUGACUUUAGAGAAGAGAAAGCCUUUUCAGCAUGUUUACUUGGACAGCGUUCACGCUUUAGUCCUAAACACAUAUUGUCUAGCGAUGACUGUUUUGUUCUUUUCUCUAAUGAGCUGUACAAACACUGCAGAAAACUCUCUGCGCCUCCAGUGACGCGUAACCGUGGCUCAGCGUAGCUCCAUGUAACGCAGCGGAAGGCAGGCGUGGGUUAUUGACUGGCGUGCAUUACAGGAGAAAAACUACAAAACACCCGGACUGAACCAGAGACCAGAAGGUCUGACCAGAGCAUGUUUGCAUCUUUUGUUGCACCUGUUUCUAACCACAGUGCAGUGUUUGACCCGGAUUACGAGACCGCAGCGUGUGUGAAAUGAUUUUUCAUGAGACAAGAGACGACCAAUGUUCCAAACCAGCUCGUGUCCCUCUUGAGCCAAACUAACCUUGUAAAAAGAAAGUUGCAGCUUGCUAAUGUUGUAAACCCCUGAGCAUGCGGAGGGAUCGGUAUCUACAAGAUCAACACAAAUAUGCAUGUGAAAUCUUCAUUUAAUUUGCCUUCUCUAACGACAACAGCUUCACCU